AUGACGAAAUUGCAAUGUAUUUUUGCUUUUCUUACAUGCUCGUCACCAAAUUCGAGACAGAAAGGCCGUCUGGUCAUCGCAGGUGGCGAUAAUCUUCCUUUCUAUGGCGUCUAUCAUCCUCCAUCAUACUGCAGCUUCCCAAUGCCUAAAAUAAACCCCGAUCAGAUUGUUAAGAUCGAAAGGGCUUCAAAAACCGGCAGUCACAUGGCGAAAUACUGCUCGACCAAUAUUCCAAUCGCUGAGAUUCUAGCCUUAGUUACCAAUGGUUUAGUGACGGUCACGCAAGCCUCAAAUCUGAAAACCAACAGCUAUGGCGAUGCAGAAACAAAAUGUCUGGACCACAUUGAGCACCUAUCACGUACAAAAGAUAUAAAAGCUACGAUUAAUAUGUCAGAGACUCUUCGGGUUGAGAAAUGCUCCAUUGCUUCGAUUACUAAUCUUUGCUUUCGCGGAAAAAUCUCAGUCCUAGGGAAUUACAGUGGCUUUGUUCCGCCGCCUUCAAGGAACACAAUCAGCAUAGUAACUGACCGACCUAUAAAGAUGAGGAGCUUGAUUGAGGGUACUGAAAUGUACAAGGGAUGGGGACAUAUUGAAAAUCAGGCACUUGGCUGGUAUCGGGGCAAUCUGCAUCUUUUCCAAAAGAACGAAAUCAAAAAUGUUUGGGUUCUAAGAACGAGUCUCUUUCCCAGCGUUCAAAAUGGAGUAUUAAUAGCUACAUAUUUGACUCUCAGCAGUUAUCCUGUGGAUGUAAUUGAUGAUGGUUUUAUUUACACAACAAAAAGCGAUGAAUACUCAAGAACUGUGGCCAAAGGGGUAACGGACGAUCUUUCUGAGGAAGAGGUCAUGAAAAGAUACAGUUAUUUGCUGUACAGUGUAAUUCCGAUGAGACCAGAGAAAGUAAGGGGCGACAUUGGCGCCUUACAACACUAA